AAAUGCUGAUUUGGCGUCGGUUCGACCCGUCUCUCCCUCCUCCCCAUCUCCGUUGGGGAUUCAUCCCACAUGGCCACGACCGUCAGCGAAGCAGGCGGCGCUGGCGAUGAAAGAGGCCGCAGGAAGGGCCGGACCACGCCGCCGCACGUCAGGGCGCUGGCGGGGUCUCUCGGCGGGGUCGUGGAGGCGUGCUGCCUGCAGCCCAUCGACGUGAUCAAGACGCGGCUCCAGCUCGACCGCACCGGGGCGUAUCGCGGGAUCGUGCACUGCGGCGCCACCGCCGCUCGGACCGAGGGGGUGCGCGCCCUGUGGAAGGGCCUCACCCCCUUCGCCACCCACCUCACCCUCAAGUACGCCCUCCGCAUGGGCUCCAAUGCCCUGCUCCAGUCCGCCUUCAAGGACCCCGCCACCGGCGACCUCUCCAACCGCGGCAGGGUCGCCGCCGGAUUUGGCGCGGGCGUCCUCGAGGCCCUCGUCAUCGUUACCCCCUUCGAGGUGGUGAAGAUUAGGCUGCAGCAACAAAAGGGGCUGAGACCCGAGCUUCUAAAGUACAAGGGUCCCAUACAUUGCGCAAGGAUGAUCAUUCGCGAAGAAGGCAUUUUGGGUCUUUGGGCCGGAGCUGCACCGACCGUCAUGCGUAACGGAACCAACCAAGCCGCCAUGUUCACGGCGAAAAAUGCGUUCGAUGUUGUUCUCUGGAAGAAGCAUGAAGGAGAUGGCAAGGUGCUUCAACCGUGGCAGUCUAUGAUUUCAGGCUUUCUUGCGGGGACUGCUGGGCCAAUCUGUACCGGCCCCUUUGAUGUUGUCAAGACAAGGCUGAUGGCCCAAAGCAGAUCAGGUGGUGAUGUGAAAUACAAGGGCAUGGUGCAUGCGAUCAGAACAAUAUUUGCCGAAGAAGGGUUGCGUGCGCUUUGGAAAGGAUUGCUUCCCAGGCUGAUGAGGAUCCCACCUGGGCAGGCCAUAAUGUGGGCUGUUGCUGACCAAGUAACCGGACUCUAUGAGAAGAGCUACUUACAUCGGGCUCAUCUAUGAUCACCCUCGUCGAUUGCUUUGCCAAUAAAAAGGACUUGGAUGAUGAAUGUCCAUCAACUUUCAUUUAGCUUUCUGAGAAAGGAUAAAGCAUUAGAGCUCACACAUAUCUGCUGAACAUGAUUCUGUAGCAAAGGAAGAUUACAUUGUUGUUGUAGUUUACAUGUACAAGAUAUUGGUUGGUUCAAUCAUUCAUUUGAUCCUAUGCUGUUUAUA